AUGGAAAACCAAGAAGUUUUGAGAAGUAAGCCACUUUCCUAUGAAGCGUCGAAGGCAGUGCUGAAAUCGUUGAAACUGGAAACGAGAGAAGCCAUCAACAGACGAAUUCCGGCACUUCGCACUGUCAACUCCCGAUUACCAUAUGUUUUGGAAAAUGUACGCAUAGGAGCAAAGUCUUUUCAAACCAACGGAAGAGAAUGGUUCAUGAGACCAGUCUGGGUACAAAGUUCUGAAAAUUUAUUAAGACAAGUUGAGGAUCCAGAAAAAUGGGAAUUAAUUCUCCAGUUUAAUGAAGGAAAAGAAAUAUGCUAUCGUAUGAACAAAUCCCGUGAAGAGAUUUGGUACCACCUAUUUGAUGAGUACGUACAGAGUGGGACAGUUGUCAGAGGAUCACUUCGUUUUAGUGGAAUUCCUGAAUGUAUGAAAGGAAUAAGAGAGAAUGAAAAGGAUUUGAAGAUGAAAGUAACGAAUUUGGAGUUGGGUAUUUAUGGAACAAAGGAUUUUGAUCAAUUUAUUCGGUUUAUUGAUUUGGAUGUGUUGGAAAAUGUCAGGAUUAUGUCUUUUAGGAAUUCGCUGACCCUUCUUGACAAUCCAGAGAUCCAAAACUGCAAGAACCUCACCAUUUAUUCGCGUUAUCUCGGCCGACCGACCAACUUAUCAAUUGACCUAUUUCUACGUCUUCGCAAUCAACACCUCAAAUUAGAAAAUAUCGGCUUUCCACUUCAUGAACUGCAACUGUUUGUGCAGGACUGGAUUACCACUGGUCGUGAUAUUGGGACACGCUUGAGUUGGCGGCGGCUUCAAUCCGAGGACAUUCUUUCCAUUCUGGAGCAUCUGAAAACGCAUUUGGGUGCUGUUGAAGCGGGGUCUCAUCUUGACUAUUAUUUCUCCAACAAAACAAUUCAUGGCAAAGGUAUAACUCUCAAAAUGGGAGAGGAUCGGGAGCUUGUGAUGUAUUGUGGCAAGAACAAUAUCGAUUCGGAGUGGGAGAUCGAAUAUGUAUGGGUUUUUGAAAUGGAGGUUGUAGCGAGCACCAUUGCAGCUGGCACCGUGCCAAUUCCGAUGCCAAUUUGA